GUUAACGUUUGACCAGGCUGGAUGGGGCAGUAGUGAUCACACUACAGUCGAAGGAGUGAAACGGGAACUCUUAAGCAAGAGUCUCAUCCCUGAAGCUCAUCAUGGCACAUCCCACAAUGCACCUGCUGCUGCUCAGCCUCCUCAUCGCCACCGCUGCUGGGAAAGGCCUGGAGAAGGGACCACUGGAGAACAAGGUUCUAGACGUACCAGAGGGGACACCUGUACCCUACGCCCUCUACCAGUUCCAAGCGUCCCACCUCGAGGUUGAUGGGUUCAGAUUGACAGGAGAGACUGAAGGAAAGAUCAGCAUCUCAGAGGACGGCUGGCUCUACCUGGAACAGACCCUGGACUGGGCCCACACACAGACACAUACUCUGGAGCUGGAGGCCUUAGUGGGUUCAGAACCAGUAGAAGGUCCAGUCAUCAUCACCAUCAACGUGUUGGAUGUCAACAACCACGCCCCGUCCUUCAACCAGACUGACUACAUCGGCAUCGUCAAGGAACGUACCCCCGCAGGUGUUCCAUUUGCGCGUGUGUUUGCUACUGACCUGGAUGACCCAGAGUCUCCCAACGCCCAUCUUAGUUACACCUUGGUCUCCCAGAUCCCCAACAGAGACAACACCCUGUUCUUCGAGAUCAACAGCAACACAGGAGAGAUUUCUACUACUGCCGAGGGAGAGCGUCUGCUGAAGGCCAGAGAAAGUGUUAUUCAUUCCAGAGGAGGGGACUUCAGUGAUUCUCUGAAGAAGAGGUUUGAUGACUACUGCACCCCCACAGGGGACAUCCCUUAUGAACUCAACCCCUUCUACAGCUGUGUGCAGAGAGCAGAGUCUCGGAGGCUGAACCCUCUGGAAGACCCAGACUUCACUCUGAUUGUUCGUGUGGAGGACAUGGGCGGGGAGUCGGUGAACGCUCUCAACGGUAACGCGAGGGUUACAAUUGUCGUGCAGGAGAACCUGUGGGUCAAUCCUGGACCGAUCAACCUCAGAGAACAGUUGAAAGGGAUAUACCCCAUGCCCAUCGGCAAGGUCCAGUCUAAUGAUCCCAGUGCCUUCUACAGGCUGGUACAGAAAGAACGGGAGCUGACGUUCCCCUUCAAUGUCACGGAGGAAGGAGACAUUCUGCUGACUGAGGAGCUGGACAGAGAGGACAAGGCCAUGUACAUCCUGGUGGUGUUUGCUGAGGAUAGCUAUGGUAACCAGGUAGACCCUCCCCUGGAAGUGCAGGUGGUGGUGGACGAUGUGAAUGAUAACGCUCCAAUCUGUGAGGAGGAACUCAGUGUGUUUGAAGUGCAGGAGAACGAACCCACAGGCAGCCCAGUCGGACAUCUGAUGGUGCAUGAUGCUGAUGAUGACAACACACCCAACGCACUGCUCUCCUAUUCGUUGGUGACCCAAACCCCUUCCUCCGUCUUUACCAUCGAUGGCAUCAGCGGCCGCAUCCAGGCCAAGCAGAUGCUCCAACGCAGAGAUGCAACAGAGUACCACCUCACUGUCAGAGUAAACGACCCAGGUUUCAGCACAGAAUGUAAGGUCCUCAUCAAGGUUAUCGACAUCAACAAUGAGCUGCCCAUCUUCGAGAUGAAUGACUAUGGUAGUCACAUCCUGUCUGAAGACACAGCUUUAGGCCACACGCUCCUGACAGUGAAAGCCACAGACGCUGACGACCCUGGAACAGGAAGCUCCCGCAUCGAGUACCACAUAACCGCUGGCAACGAAGAUGGAGUUUUCGCCAUGGAGACAGACGACAAUGGGGAGGGCAGGCUUGUUGUUGCUAAGCCUCUGAACUAUGAGACUGCUUCCUCCUAUAAGCUACAGAUUGAUGCUCGUAACCCAGAGCCGCUGGUGAGCGGUCUCGAGUACGGCGCUGAGUCGUCCGCCGUGGUCUCGGUGGCGAUCAGUGACGUUGAUGAGGCUCCAGUGUUUGACAUGGACAUUCUGGAUGUCACGGUGCCAGAGGACACCAAGGAGGGAGCUACGCUGCUCAAAAUAGACGCCAAGGACCCAGAGGGAAAAGAGAUACUGUUCAAGAUGGAGGGAGACACUAAGGGUUGGUUGGAGAUUGAUCCUGCUACUGGAGAGAUAAAGAUCAAGAAUAAAGCUGUGCUGGACAGAGAGACGGUGGAGGCCUUCCACUUUACUGUUGUCGCCUUCGAGAAAGCCAAUCCAGAGCUGUCCUCAGAGCGCAAGGUGUCUGUGAGGCUGCUGGAUGUGAAUGACAAUGUCCCCAAGCUGACAGAGAACCAGGCCUUCAUCUGUGUGAAGAAGCCCCAGCCUAUAGUCCUGACGGCCCUGGACGCGGACGCAGACCCCUUCGGAGCACCUUUCACAUUCAGCCUGGCCCAGGGCAAGAAGUCCCCCAACUGGGACCUAAGCGCUGUGGACGGUACGUCUGCUAAACUGACCCUGAAGAAAUCUCCCAGCGAGGACAAAACCUUCCUAAUCCCCAUCAACAUCAAAGACAACGCUGGCAUGGGCAUCACACAGAAGUUUGAGGUGCGAGUGUGUAACUGCACAGAGUUGGGAUACUGUUUCACCGAGCCGGGCGUUCAUGCAGGGGUGUUAGGAAUGCCCACCACCAUCGGAAUCCUGGCUGGAACUGUCGGAUUCAUCGCCCUGGUCCUGAUCAUCGCUUUCCAUCGUAUAAAGAAGGACAACCAGAAGAAAGCCUUGCUGGGAGAAACGGACGCCAUUCUCUAGAAACAUAUGAGAUAGCAUGUGUUUGUUUAAUUGUUAUAUUUCUGAAGAACAGAUCUGCUUUGAUUGGUUGUAUGCAUGUUAUAAAUACUACCUGGUUUCGUCAUAAUCACGCGCUCAUGCAGCUCAAUAACUUAUUAUAGUGAAUUUGGUCUGUAUUUAGAAUUUAGACUGUCCAUUCUCAGCUAGUGUGUCUUGACUGGCUGUGCACUGUGUGUGAUGGUUCAAACACUCCAUUUCAAGCUGCUUGCUGGAAUUGUGUAGACUGUUGCUCAGAGACUUUAGUUCACCGUUUGCCUCUGACUGUUGUUUGUGGUUGAUACUGUCUUUAUACUGCUACUCCAUUAUGUUUUUUUGACGAGGCCUGAUAUUAGUGAAGAUGCUAGCUAGCCGAGGGUUAAAUUAGGACGGUUCCACCACUUUAGAAUGGGAGAAAGACUGCCUACAGUAAAGAGUAGAAAUGACCAUGGAAAAACAACCGAUGUUGGAGACAGUUCCAACACCUAAACAUCCCUCAGUUUAACCCUUAGUGUUAACUGUUUGACAAGCCCAGUGUAAAUGAGUGCCUGGUGAAUGUCUGUGUGUACCAAGGUUAUUAUAGUUUUGUGAUUUUCUAUUCAAUUUUAUUUCUAUUUGUUUUUCAAUUAAAAAAAUAAAUUCAGUUUAGUUUCCAUUCGGUUUUAGACUUGAUUUACUAGUUUUUAUUCUGUUUCAGUACGAUAAAAAACAUAUUUUGUUUUUAUAUUAUUCAGUUGUAGUUUCAGUUUCAGUUUCAGUUUUGCUUUCAGUGUCAGUUGUAGUUAUAGUUUCAGUUGUAGUUUCAGUUUCAGUUGUAUUUUUUGUGUGAAGGGACAGAAAGUAGCCUCAAGUGUCCUUAUGCUAGGGGCCAUGUAUGUGUUGUAGGACUAUAGCAGGGUUCUCCAGUACUAUUUGAGAUGGUCCGCUCACACACAUUUCCUAGGUGGCAAAAGUCCUGAUGGAUAUUUUCAUUUAUCGGCGUAUUCACAAACCCCCACAUCACAAUCCAUUCCACACCAAACUGUUCAAACCGAUCACACCCUUCUUGUUGGUAGAGAGAAUCAUUUGUCGUUUUAAAGCUCAUUGUCGGCUAUUCUACAUAUUAUCCACGUCUUAUACGUGUUCACAUGAUACCGGGAGUCGAAUCCUCAGCGAAUUACAAAAUUAAAACAAUAGCUAUCUCCCCGUCUUUAUCCUGAAAUUCUUUGUGGGUGCUGUACAGAUGAACUUUGAGGUUGUGGGAUGCAGGGUGGUAGUGGGAUGCAGGGUGGUAGUGGGAUGCAGGGUGCCAGCCAGCAGCAUACCACCCUGCAUCCCACUGCUGCCAGCCAGCAUACCAUCCUGCAUCCCACUGCUGCCAGCCAGCAUACCACCCUGCAUCCCACUGCUGCCAGCCAGCAUACCACCCUGCAUCCCACUGCUGCCAGCCAGCAUACCACCCUGCAUCCCACUGCUGCCAGCCAGCAUACCACCCUGCAUCCCACUGCUGCAUACCACCCUGCAUCCCACUGCUGCAUACCACCCUGCAUCCCACUGCUGCCAGCCAGCAUACCACCCUGUAUCCCACUGCUGCAUACCACCCUGCAUCCCACUGCUGCAUACCACCCUGCAUCCCACUGCUGCCAGCCAGCAUACCACCCUGCAUCCCACUGCUGCAUACCACCCUGCAUCCCACUGCUGCAUACCACCCUGCAUCCCACUGCUGCAUACCACCCUGCAUCCCACUGCUGCAUACCACCCUGCAUACCACUGCUGCGUUCCACACCCUGCAUACUACCCUGCACCCUGAUCCCCAGGGCAGUGAAGGGGACAUUGCCCUGUGUAGAGUGCUGUCUUUUGGAUGGGAUGUUAAUAAACGGAUGUCCUGACUCUCUGUGGUCAUUAAAAAGCCCAUUACCUAUCAUAAGAGUAAGGGUGUUAACCCUGAUGUCAUCAUCAACCUGGUCCCAUUCCCAUCAUGACCACCUAAUCACCCCCCCCUCUACAAUGUAAAGCCAUUGGAGUACCUCAGUUGGUAGAAAAGUGAUAUAUAAAGCCAAUAAAGGAUUAUUAGCUUCUGACACUACAAUACAUUUGCUUUUGUCCUCUCCAGCAAUGUACUCCAAAUAAUCCCAUACAGGGCUUUGUGUUUUGCAACCAACCACUGCUGGUGUUGUGUUUGCUGCUGCCAUUGUUCUCGCUCAUGCUUCCUGCUCGCCCUCAGAUUUCUUCCGUUAGCUAGCGAUGCAGCGAUGCACCAGCUAGGCCUAUUUGAAACAUCGCCAUCUACUGGCAGCAUUUACCCUCCAGAUUCAGAAGUUCGAAAACCCCAUUAGAGAAAAAAGCUUUAAAACCACAUUAGAUUUUUAUCCAAAGUUUAGAAGGAAAAAAACAACAACUGAACACAAUUCAUGAUGGUUUUAAUUAUAUUUUAGUUUGUUUUGCAGUCAAAGAUAAUAGUUCCAGUAUAGUUUUCGUUUUUCAGUUUACUCAAUUGUUUUUCCAAUUUUUGUUUUUAUUCAAUUUUCAUUUCAGUUUUCGUUUACUAUUAUAACCUUGGUGUGUGCAACACAGUAAUGGAGAGAGGAGUGGGGAAAAUGUCUGUCUGAAUAAAGGCUAUCUGGACCUAC